ACAUUAACCUUUAGCCUGCGCUGCGGCUGUCCGGACGGAGGCUGAGUGUCAGAACCCCAGCAGGAGAACCGUGGACACGACCCAGCAGCUAUGGCCUCCACUCCGUCCGCCUCCGCCCUGUCCGCCGUUCUCCGGUGUCGGGGGAAUAUCUGGACCCGGAACCCGCCGACCAAGCGGCCUGCAGCCUCCGCCUACAGCCUCGGACUGUCCGCCGGGGCGCUGCGCGACUCCGCGGCCGAGCGCACCGGGGCCCCGCAGAGCUCAGCGUGGGAGGCUGUUCCCCGAGGGGUCGCGGUGGGAGGAAGGCUCGCCGUGGCUUACAGAGUGGGUGUUAAAAUACCGGGAGAGACAGACUCCAGGGAGGUGAAUCAAUUCUGUUUUCCAAAACUUUCGCAACCCCCAGGGGACGCGCACUCAGCUCCGCCUGGUGUCCAGCACGGCCAGCUGGCGCGCAGACUGACGCGCAGCCUGCCUGGAGCAGGUAAACGCUCCAAAAUAACCCACGCGAUUCAAGACGGAGCACGCGCUGCUCACGUCUGCAGGAUAACAGUUGCGGAGGACAGGAGGGCGCGCGCCCUGCGGCUCGCCGUGACUUGUCCGUGUUCGGUCACGGGACAGAUCCCGUCCCUCGUGUCGUCUGGCUGCUCGUCGCUGAGCAGGACCUGCUUGUCUGUGACUGCUCUGCUGUCAGAACUCGUGUGGUGGAAGCUGGCGGUGCUGUGCGGCUCCAGCAGCGGCCCUCCGGAUGCGCAACAACAGCUGCUGGACGAGGACGACGUCGGAAAAAACGGCCAGCAGGCCCAUGGACACAUCCAGUCCUCCUGUCAGGACACCAGUGGACCACACAUGACAGAGGACAGACCGGACUGAGUCCAAGGCCUCUCUGUGAGCCAACAUCCUCUGUUGACUUACUUUCAUAACACUCAGCACAUCUGGACUUCAACCCAGUGGAGCAUUAAAACAACGUUUUGUUUUCAGUGCACGUGUCCCUUCACCCUAAAGACACGUAUGAGGAAGAGCAGACCUGCUGCCAGGAGGCCGGCCCACUUCAUCUCUUGUUCACGUUAUCUGCAUGUUUUGCACAGAAGCUUGGUCCAAACCGUCCCUUCAGAUUGUGCUACCAAAAACGUGCAUAAGUGUGGUGGAGUCAUUUAUUUUGUUCCAUGUUUCUCUCUGACUGAACUGAAGAAUAAAGAGCCUCCCCGGUAUCCA